AAUAACCACUACGGAAAAAGGCUAUUAACUAAAUCCAAGUUAUCUAAGUUGCACAAGAAUGAAGAUUCAAUUACCAUUUUGGAUUAUAUGGUUUGCCCGUCAAGAAAAAAAUUACCAUUAUGGGAAAGGCAGUUAAGUAACUUAACUAAAUCCAAGUUAUCUAAUUCACACACUAUCCUCCUUCAAUGACACAAAUUAUAAUCAAUACAAAUAAAAGGACCACAAUGUAAAUGGCAAGUUUUCAAGCCGUUACCGUUCCUUUUCCCUCCUUAUCUCACCAUAAUAUAAUAGCAAUGUCUGAUUUCUGAAAUCAGUAAUUGUAUUUGUAUGUACGGUUUCCAUUUCCUGCUAUUUUCAUGGCUAACCAAACAGAUAAGCACAGUAAACUCCCAUACUUUUCCAUGCAUGCACUCACUCCAUUUCCAUGUGUUCUGCUAACCUUCAUUGAAUAUGGAAGAUAAGAUGGAUCUGAAAAUGCCAACGAAGAAGAAGGCUGAGACGAAUCUGGAAACAUCGAAGGAGAAGAAGAAGGCUAAGACGGAUGUGGAAAUAUCGAAUGAGAAGAAGAAGGCUGUGUUGAUUGGAUUGAAGGACCGAUGGAAGAACAAGAACGCUAUUGAUACUAUUGAUAUUGAUAUCAACGAGCAGAUAAAGAGGAUGAAACAUCUGCUCAUUACACAGCGCAGGUUUUUAGACAAGAACAUCACUCUCAUGAUUGAGGACGAUGAGGAGACCACUGAGGACACCAAACCCACCAGUUUGACAAUACGACAUACGAUAUACGAGCUGGUUGAGUCUGCUGAGCCAGGUGACAUCCUCUUCAUCCACCUCAUAGCCUCUGGCUGUCAAGAAGGCCUCAUUCUCGAUGCCAAUAAUGAACACAUCCUAGACUCUUUUUUCAGGGGUUCUAUAAGUUCAGCUGUCCAAAAGGGUCAUAAUCUCACAUUUAUAUCUGAUUGCCUAAUUGAAUCUGCUGAUAAUUGUGCUUGUCCUAAAACACCAAAGCCUGCCUUCAAAACUCAGGACCAAGUAGGCAGUAAUGUUGCCUUACAUUGGAUUUUUGAGCCGUAUAAGCGUUGGACACCAACCAGAUUGUCUUUUGUUGAUAUCCAUAAUCCCAAAGAGAAGACAACUGAAAGCAGCAUUUCAAAUCCUCUUCCUUCACCUGUAAUUUUGUUCAAGUCUUUCCGGCAGCACGAACCCAUACCUCCCUCAGUGUCUUCAAUGGAAGAUGAAAUAAUAUUCUUCUUGGGCGAACCAUUCCCUCGCUCAGUGCCUUUCACCAUGGGAAAUGAAAUAUUCUUCCCCCUACCAAUGGGAACUACAAAUCCCUUUCUCACAUCAUAUGGGGGUUUUAGCAGGCUCAUACUUGAUGUUUGUGAUGAAAUUAUUCAGACUGGUGGUGAACUUACAAACUUGAAGCUUGCAGAAAAGGUUAAUGGAAAACUUCAACUUGAAAGAAUGCCUGGACUCUCUUGCAGUCACCACAACCAUGCCUAUGCUUCUUUUGUGUGCUGAUCACAUAUUGGGAGACAAAGAUAUAAGGUUGCUUUUGGAAUCCAUCAUCUAGUUCUUUUAUUUUUCACCAAUUUGUUUGUAACUGGUUAGUUUGGUUAGCAUCGCACAAGCUUUGAGAUUCGGAUUUGAAUUGUGGUUUUAUGCUAUUUAAGUUUCAUAUUUGAAUUAUGUAGGCUUGUUCUAUUAAUUGCUUGUUGCAGAGUAUGAAUCAUGUUAUUACCUUUCCUAAAUGUCUCAUUGGCAGAAUGUGAUUUAUAUGUGACGAUCUGAUAUUAUAGAUGGAGAUGUUAUAUGUUGAUUUCUUGAAUGAGAUCGAUUUUACGGAAGAUGGCAUGUUGGCUGUGGUGAAUCAUAUAUCUAGUCUAGUAUCAAAUUUGAUAAACAAGACGAGUUUGUGAGAUUAAUACCAAGAGUAGUGAUUCUUGUGGCACUUUCUCUUGAUGUAAUAACACCUUUGAAAAGAUACCUAGGCCAGUUAUCUUGACAAUCAAUGGUCCAUCUGGUUGCUGGUUUACAUUACUAUAAUCACAACUUGGCCCUGGUCGGUUCAGCCCUAUAUGUUGUGUUUCGGAAAAAGCUCACAAGAUAGUUUCAUGACCUCUAAUAUUACUGUUGUAUUUGCCUAUAUAGCUGUAUAAUAUUAUACUUGUUCUACUAGUUCUUUGCCUUGAUGACGGGGGAAAUCUCC